CUCACAGUCACAGAUCUCGAGAUCUCCUAGUCCUACUUCACAGUUAUUAGUGGUCUGUGAAAUAUAUUUGGUUAGGUUAGAGUGCCCGCAAUUGCGAAAUGCCCCUAUAGUUUUUUAUUUAUAAUUUACUCUUGUGUUUUUUUUUGUGUGAGUAGAAAAUGAAUCGUUGUACUAAGUGUAACAUAAACUUUUCGAAACCUUCAAACUUAACCGCACAUGUAAAAAGAAAACAUCCAGUAUGUACAAUCAAUUUUUUAGAUAUGCUACAUAUACUAGCGCCAAAGAACGUUAAACAAAGUAAAUCUACUGUGCCUUGCUUAGGAUGUAAUAAAAAGUUUGCAAAUUUUGGCAAUCUCAGACUUCAUGUAAAAAGGCAGCAUUCAGAUAAAUUAGACGAAAUAGCACCUGUUUACAAGAAAACUUAUGUAUGUUCCUGCUGCUCUGAAAGUUUUCAUAAUUUACAAAAAUUCUUUUCUCAUAAAAAAACUCAUAGUAAUGCCUUAACAAAAUUAAAGUGUGCGUUGUGUGAAAAUACCAAUUGUAGUCGAGAAAAUGUAAUUUCGCACUACAGGAGUGACCAUUUCAUUAACAUUGAAGAUAAUUACCUAGUAUUCGAUACUUUUGAAGAUUUUAAAUCUUGGAAAUGCAAGGUGGAAGAAGAAACAUUCUCAUCAUUUGUAAAAAUGUAUGGUUCAAAGAAAAUCGGUAACUGUACCACAACAAACUAUAAUUGUCAUAGGUCAGGUAUAUAUAAAAAGAAAGGGCAGAAUAUCAGAAAACUUAAAACUCAAGGCUCAAAUAAAAUUAAUGGUUAUUGUCCUGCAAGAAUUAAUGUUAAAUUUAUAGACAAUGAAAACUAUAUUGUCAACUUUUGUCCAACUCAUGUGGGGCACAAACAAGAGCAAAGAUUUAGGCCAUCUAUUUCUAAGCAGCACACAAAGAAGAGACCACCAAAAGAGAAAGCAAGAAAACUUGAGUCCAAACAAUUAAUAGCUUUAGCCUGUAAACACCUUGAACAACCACAAACUGAUUAUGAAAAAAUUGCUUCUGCUUGGGCAGUAGAACUUGAAAAAAUGACGCCUCAGCAACAAAUUUUUGCGAAAAAGGCCAUUAACGACAUAUUAUUUAAAGGUCAAAUGGGAACACUGCAUAGAAAUUCUGUGCAAAUUAUUACUUGUUCUCCUACAUCUACUCCAUAUAGUAACAUGCAACCAAGUUCUGUCUAUUUUGACAGUGUGCAACCUCAAGUACUAAUCACACAACAGACUAUGAAUAAGUCAGAGUCCCCUACUGUUUGAACUAUUUUUCAACUUUUCAAUAAAAAUGUAC